GGACAAAGAACUCCCGUAUUUCUCGACUCGUUCGUGUGAAGACGAGACGUUCAGCCACAGCAACACACUAACCACCGACGGAGUUCGUGAAUUGUUCGCUCCUCAUCCAGGACACACCGCGUGAGCUGCGGAUCUUUCUAGCGGACCGUGAAAUCCAAGGCAAGAUGAAGCGCUUGUGGCUCAUGGCCGCACUGGUCGCGGUGUCGUCUGGAGAAGACUUCAAGUUAACGAUUCUGCAUACGAACGACGUCCAUGCACGAAUAGACGAAUUCGACGCCGCUGGAAGCCGGUGUACACCAGAGGCAUCCUUGAAAGGAUCUUGCUACGGCGGGAUCGCUCGGCAGAAGUACAUGGUCGAUUCAAUCAAGGCAGAGAAUCCGAACACACUUUUCCUGAACGCUGGUGACUACUACCAGGGGACGAUGUGGUUCUACCUGAUGAAAGGUGCGAUAAUCGCCGAUACAAUAAAGUUCCUAAAACACGAUGCCAUGACUCUAGGCAACCACGAGUUCGAUGAAGGAUCCACAGGACUAUAUCCGUUGUUGUAUCGAGCCAAGGAGAUCGGGACGCCUGUUCUUGGAUGUAACGUGGAUUUCUCGAAGAACCCGAUACUUCGCAGCUUCCAGCCGCUACCAUCGUUGAUUGUCGAGCGAAGCGGAGUGAAAAUCGGACUUAUCGGAUUCCUGACGCCGGAUACAAACUUCCUCUCAAAUGUUGGUCAGUCAACGGAGUAUAACGGGACUAUUCUCACCGAUGAAAUCGAGUGUAUCGAAAAAGAGGCCAAGAAACUCCACGACCAGGGCGUGAAGAUCAUCAUAGCCAUGGGUCACUCUGGGUACCUGAAGGAUCAAGAAAUCGCGGCCAAGGUGCCACUCGUCCGAAUGGUUGUCGGAGGCCAUUCUCAUACGUACUUAUCUUCAGUGGACCAGAAACAACUUGAGAAAGCCAAAGGUCCGUAUCCCACCGUUGUGACCAGAGACGAUGGGACGGACGCUCUUGUGGUGCAAGACUUUUGGUUGGGGAAGUACUUGGGAUACAUCAAUGUCUCUUUCGACGAAGCGACCGGAGAUGUGCGAAGUUGGCAGGGGGACUCUCCUCUUCUGCUCGACUUCACUGUUCCGAAAGAUGAAGAAGUGGAAAACUUCCUCAGAAGCAAACGAUCGAGAGUCGAUGAAGAAUCUCUCCUCCUCAUCGGGCGGGCGAUGUACCCAUUAUCCGGUGAAAAGGAUAUUUGUCGCUAUGGCGAAUGCGCGCUGGGCAACCUACUCGCGGACGCUUUAUAUGAGUUCUUCCUCGUGAACAGCCACACUCCAGAGUUGGCGGCUGUGAAACCCAUCGACAUCGCGGUCGUCAACGGAGGGGGCAUCCGAGGAAAUGUCCCAGGAGGGAACAUCACUUUCGGAGACAUUGUCACUGUUUAUCCUUUUGCGAACGCCGUGUGGGUCCUGCCCAUGAGCGGGAAGAGGGUCAAGCAGAUGUACGAGAAUGCGCUACGGAAAUACGACCCGACUCGGAUGAUUAGCAAUGGCGGCUUUCUCCAUUCAUCGGGCGUUCGUCUCGUUGCUGAUGGCAGCAAGCCACCAUACGAACGCGUCGUUUCCGUGAGAAUCCUGAACUCAUCAAACGGAGAAUGGGAGGAUCUGGACCCUAAGCGUGAAUACAGAGUGGCCAUGUCAUCAUACAUCUCUCAAGGAGGCGACAAUCAUGAUUUCAAAUUUGUGCCGAACGAAAGGAUCGACAAACUGACGACAACUGACACGGAUAUCGCGGUGCAAUAUGUAAAAAAUCGAUCGCCAUUACAUCCAGUCGUAGAUGAGCGGCUGCGGAUCCUCACCAAGGAGGAAGAAUCCAAGAACGGGGCAGCCUCGCUUCAUGGAUCUCUCACCCUAAUAAUUCUAGUCGGGUCCGCUCUAUAUCGGGCGACUUCCCUCUUGUGAAUAACUGCAUGGAAGAUAUGAGCGACCUUCACGGGCCGAUGAGAGUCUCGCCUCCCGAGCUCGAUAUAUUUUGUGUAUAUUUUGUUCGAAAAAAGUAAAAUACGGGGAAUCUU